AGAGGGCCGUGGUCGCAAGCCGAGGAUGCCUAUUUGGCACAGCUCGUUCAUACUCAGGGAGCGAUGAAUUGGGUUCGAAUCGCACAACUCCUUGGAAGCAGAUCGCCAAAGCAAUGCCGGGAACGGUAUCACCAGAAUCUCAAGCCAUCCCUGAACCAUGAGCCAAUCAGCCCGGAAGAAGGACUCCAAAUUGAAAGGAUGGUAGGAGAAAUGGGUAAACGCUGGGCCGAGAUUUCUAGGAGGCUUAACGGACGAAGUGAUAUUGCUGUCAAGAACUGGUGGAAUGGGAGCAUGAAUAGG